CGGAUGGAUGUUUUUCUCUGAGGUUUUUGUCAUUUCUUCCUAUAGAAGGAGAGAGAACAGAAACCAUGAAAGUUGAGGUUGCGUGUUGGGAAUUGUUUGGGUGUUGAGAAAAGCGGAGCUAGGAAAACUAUGGGUUGAAGGUUUCUUUCUUGCGCGAUCGAUGAAAACUGUGGGGGUUUUUUCUUGUUGACCUAUCGGCAAGGUGAUUACAGAAUGUGUGAAUGUAAAUAUAAUUUAACAAAAGAAACACAAAUAAAUUAAUACUGCUCUAUGUAUUUUGAGUUCUUCUUGGUAUGCCUUUGUACAUGUCCUUGAGAUAUGGCAUCUAAGAAGCGGUUAGAUUAUUAUGGAUUUAAUGGCUACCAGGUGCCGCCAACACCUCGAGCUGCCCGAUCAGCUAGGAGAAGAGGCAUUACCCAGAGGAGAGUAGAUGACAAUCAGAUGUGUGCAUUUGACUUAUUAGCUUGUAUAGCUGGCAAGUUACUGGUGGAUGGGGAAAGCUCUCCUACUGCUAAAGAUAAUAAUAUCAAGAAUGGGGAUCUGAAUGAAGAUCAUAGAACCAUGAUAGGCACUUCUUGCAAUCAAAAACACACUUUAUUUCUUUCUGAUCUUGUUUCACAACCCUCCGUGUCAAAUAACUGUUCGAGUGACAUUCCACACUCCCAAAACAGUACUUUUUCUAAUGUAGAGUUAAGUUUUUCAAGAAACCACAUUCCUCCUUGUGGGUCUUUGCCUGCAAAUAGGGAUGAUGUAAAGUUAGGUAGUUGUAAUAGAGAUGAUGACGAAAACCCUAUGAGGUCGGAUCCAUCCCUGACCUUCUAUAAUAAGGCUUUCAGGAAGUUAUUGGCAUAUAAGUGCUGGGAAUUGAAUCCAAAAUCAGAAGAUAAGGAGCAUCUUAAUGCUGGUGUGGGUGAUUGUUUGAAGCACCAAGUAUCUCUCAGAGAUUACCCUUACAAAAAAAGGAAGCUUUAUACUUGCGGCUCGGUGGGGAACUCAUCUAGUGGGCUGUCAACCUUAUCUGAAAGUGAACGUUUACCUUUUAGUCCUGGUGAUUCUCAUGUGAAACUCAAAAUUAAGUCUUUCCGAGUUCCUGAGCUUUUUAUAGAGAUUCCAGAAUCUGCAACCAUUGGAUCUCUAAAGAGGACAGUGAUGGAAGCAGUGACUGAAAUUCUGGGUGGCGGGCUAUGUGUUGGUGUGCUUUUCCAAGGCAAGAAAGUUAGAGAUGAUAAAAAGACUUUAUUACAGACAGGAAUUUCUCACAAUGACAAGCUUGAUGCCCUGGGCUUCACUCUUGAGCCAAAUCCUUCUCCAGAUACGCAACUUCUGGUGUGUCCAGAAGAGCAUAGUCAACUUUAUUAUGACUCCCCAAAACCACUAAAAAGGUGCCCUCCUGCUUGCAGCAUAGCUCAUGCUGGGGUGAAGAGGGGACCACCUAAUGAUAUCAAUGUACCCAGUGAUGAAGAAGGAACAAAUUUGAUCAAUUUCAUUGAAAGGGAUUGUGAUCUGGAUCCGUCACAUCCUGAUGAUGUCUCAUCUGAUAAAAGUGCUGCAGGUUCAAGAACACUGGUUCCUGUUUCAGGAGCAAAUAUGGAAUCUCGUGCUACAGUUCCGGUAUGGAAGCCAAAGCGAAACAAAGCAGAACGACGUCGAAUUCGCCGACCUUUCUCUGUUGCUGAAGUCGAAGCUCUUGUUCAAGCUGUUGAGAAGCUUGGUACUGGAAGAUGGCGUGAUGUUAAGCUUAGAGCAUUUGAUGAAGCUAAGCACAGAACUUAUGUUGACUUGAAGGACAAAUGGAAAACAUUAGUACACACUGCAAGAAUAUCUCCUCAGCAAAGGCGAGGGGAGCCGGUGCCCCAGGAGCUGUUAGACAGGGUCCUAGCAGCUCAUGCAUACUGGACCCAGAAACAAGCCAAGCUGAUGCAGAUCAAACACCUCCCGAAGACUGGCCUACUUCUGUAGAUGAAUCUGUUUGUUGGUUACUUGGACAUAAAUGUAAAAAUAUGAAAUGGGAAGCAAUUUUUUUAGUAAUAAAUCCAAUGUUUGGGUCCUACUGCUUCGUCAUGAGUUGUGUGAGGCGUGUGACCAUGUUGAUUCGGCACCUCUCAGCCUCGCCCUUCAGGCUAUGUGCAACUUAGUCCCGGAGCACCCGGAGUCUUUUCCGUCUCCCUAGCAGCAUUGUUUGGCACACUGUAAAUUCUUUGUGAAUAAGUGCUUUCUGGUGGUUUUCUUUUUCGAGAAAAUAAUUUUUCUGUACAGACUUUAACAUUUUCUCUAUGUUGUGGUUCCAUUUGACAAAAUUAUUUGUUGUUUUUGUUUUGAGUCUUUGUCUAUUUCUUGCCGCUUUGUCA